UUCAUAGUUAUUUAUCAUUUAUUUUAUAUUCAGUUAUGUUGAAAAAUUAACAAAGUCACAGAAAAUUUUAAUUUAGAAAGAUGUUCACGGUUUUGCGAUUUGCCAAAGCAUGUCCCAAAAUUGGGUUUCAAACUUGUCAUAAAGGCGAGAGUCAUUCUCAUGGACAUCGGCUCCCAUUGAAAACAGAUAAUUUAUUUCAUAGCGGGUCGACUUUUUUUAAGAAGACGGGAGACUACGACAAAACUAUUGAUAUAACAAUGGUAACGUCCAAAAGGAAAAGAAAUAGGACGAUAUGCCCAACUCUGUCUGUCGACGAUAAUGAUGCGGAAGCCUCUCUCAAAUGCGUUAAGCAACCAUGCUCGAGAGAUAAAAGUUCUUUUGAAAUGUUUAUAAUGAAGCACGCAGGCGAAUCAAACAAUAGAUCGUCCAAUACUGUUACUACCAAGCAGGCGGCACCAUAUCAAGAGGAGUGUGCCUCCAAGUAUGAGGAGACCAUCCCUAGUGAAAAGGAGAGAGACUCUAAUGUGAAUGAGAAUUCCUCCGAUGAGGAGAAUGCCGGUUUAUUUAUUGGCUCUAGUGAAACAACAGUUAGUUCCAAUAAGAAAGCGGCAGUCUCUCAUGAAGUUUCCCAUAAAAAUCGGGCUGUUUCCAGACAAAUAGCGACUGUCAGCAGAAACGAAGAGACUAACUCUCUUGAGUACCCAAACGUAUCGACUGAGAAACCAUUUAUUCGCCGAAAGCAAAAUGCCUCUUAUAAACAAUAUGCAUUGGCAGAUAAAGAAAUUAGUAGUGGCAGUGAAGAGCCCACUGCCGUCAGACAAAAUUUUAGUUCAUCUAAUGAAAGCUCCGCUGGAUUAGAAGAUACUGCAGUCAGUGAGAGCUCAGGUAGUGAGGGUUGGACUCGCUUAUGUGUAAGUUUGACAUCUUUCAAUAAUCCAAAUUUUCCGACACAUCAUAUGAGCGCCGGCUGUAUAAAUACACCCGCCGCAAAUAAAAGAGAGACUAUUUCAUCUUCUCAAAAUCCGACGUCCAAUAGAAAGCAAAGUACAGCAAAUAAGCCUUCAGCUUCCAGCCAUAAAGAUCAGUGUUCUUCCUGUGAAAAUCUUUCAUAUUUGUGUGACCAACCGAUAGCCUAUAAAAAAGUGACUGGCUACACAAUCAGCUCGCCCAUUGUUGAGCCCAAAGACUCUUAUGACAGAAGGCCUGAUGUAAAGCAGACCGCCUCCAGUACGGAAGAAUACGGUAGAGCACAACAAAUCUACAGUCAACCCAGUGAAGAGCCGACAACGCAUAAUAAAAACGAGAUUGUCUUCAGUACAUCUACGUCCUGUGAAAAUCCCAUCUAUAAGACAGAACUAUCAGGUCAAAGAGAGAGUAACGUCGACAUGAGUGAAAACCAGGUCGAGGCCAUGUCGAGCAACUCGAAUGAUAUGAAGUCUACUGCUAUGCAGAAACCAUUAGGAUUCAGCAGAAAACUGAUUGUCUUGUGUGAAAAGGUAUCUGGAUUCUGUGGAAAGCUAAUAAUUUCAAGCAAGAAACCGAGUGGCAAGGCUUAACAAUGAAACACAAAUAUUAAUAAAUG